AUGCUCGCGACCGCCCGCGCGGCCCCGGCCCCACUCGCGUCCUUCGCCCAUCGCCAAGGAUCGACGAAGCCCGUCGGCGCGCGUUUCGGCAAUCCCGCGCGCGUCGUCGGCGUCGUCGUUCGUCGGAUCGAUUCGUCGAAACCGCGCCCCGGCGUCGGCGUCGUGCGCGCGUCGUCGAACUCCGCGCUCGGCGACGUCGCCGCCAAAGCCGCGAAGGUCGUCGCCGCUCCCGCCAAGGCCAAGAUGGCGAUUCCCACCCUCGCGACCGUCCUCGGCACCGCCUACUCGUUCCCGUUCCUUUGGGCGCUGAGCAUCGUCCCGUGCCUGCUCGGCCUCGUCAACCCCGUGUACGUCUUCAGCGUCGGGUACGGCCUGAGCGUCGCGGCGCAGGGCAUCGGUCUCCUCGCGGCGGCGUCCGCGUCCGGCGUCUGGAUAUCCAACCUGUGCCUGGCGCACCUCCUGGGAGCGGUCUUCUACGGCGUUCGGCUCGGCGCGUUCCUCUACUGGCGAUCGGUGACGUGGACCGAGUGGGGCCGUCGCGCGAAGAACGCGCCCGAGGCUAAGCCGAUGCCCCCGCCGGCGAGACUCGCGGUCAUUCUCACGUGCGCCCUCCUCUACGCGUGCAUGUGCUCGCCCAUGCUCUGGCACGUGCAGACCGCCAACGUGCUGCCGGCGUCGCAAAAUUUCGUCAUCGUCCUGGGCCUCGCGACGCAAUGGAUCGGCGCGAUCCUCGAGGCUGUCGCCGACCAGCAGAAGAGCGCGUACAAGUUCAGCGACGCCGGGAAGUCUAGGUGGUGCGACGUCGGGGUGUGGUCCAGGUGCAGGCACGCGAAUUACCUCGGCGAGGUGAUGUUUUGGGUCGGCGCGUUCGUCGCGGGAGUGCCCGGGAUGUUGGCGUCGGGGCCGGUAUCGUUCGUGCCCGCCGUCGUCGGCGUCGGUUUCAUCGUGAAGCUGAUGACGAGCCAGUGCGUGAAGCAGGACGAGAAACAGGCGGGUCGGUACGGCGACGACGCGGAGUACAAGGCGUGGGUGGAGAACAGCGGCUCGCUCUUUCCCAAGCUCGCGUAG